AUGUUUGAGAGCGUGAGAAAUCCACAGAUGUAUUUGAAGAUAAAAGACGGCCAGUGUAAUGGAACAGGCACUGGUGAUGAAUAUUGUCACUUUAAAAUUGAACAUAAUUUGGAAAGUGGAUCUGUAAGUCUAGAAUCAGUGAGAAACAAAGGAAUAUAUGUUGGUCUUCUGCCGGAUGGACAGGCUAAGCCAGUUAUUCACACUGGAGAAAAAAAUAUUUUAUUCUAUCCACAGGUCAUCAAAUUUGGCCGUGAGGAGCCCAUGGGAACAUCUGCAGCACCCAACCGAAAGACAAAAGCUUUCAGAGAAUCUGAACACCAACCAGCAAAUGAGCAAUCUGAACAGCAACCAACCCAGAAGGCAGGGUCCCAAAGCCCUAUAACUUUUCCACCCACAGAGGAAAUGAGAAAUCCCCAAGGUGCUGAGUGUCCCCUUCCUUCGGAUGAUGAAUGGAAAGUGUCAGUGCUGACGGGAAAUUCAGGAACUCAAGCAAGUGUCAUUCUCUGGAUAUAUGGAGACAGAGGAGUAGCUGGACCAAUAACUCUUGUCAAGGACAACAGAGAGCAGAUGUUUCUUUCCAGGCAGGAGAAUGAAUUUCAGAUUAAAAUAAAAAGCAUUGGAGAUAUCUACAAAAUAAGAAUUGAACAUGAGCAAGCAAGUGACCAUUUGGAGUGGAACUUACAAAGGGUGAUGCUGCAACAUCUGAAGAGCAAGAAAAUAUUGAAUUUUCCAGCAAGCACAUGGUUGUCAAGGACUUGUGAUAAUGGAGAUCAAAUCUGUGAACUUCCAGUUGUGGAAGAUGGAAAGCCUGUGUAUCCAAUUGUUUUAUACCAUGUUUAUGUCUACACUGGCCACUUGGAGCAAGCUGAUACGGAUUCAGCAGUUUGGUUAUGUAUCUAUGGAAAAAGAGGAGACACUGGUCUAAGACCUCUGCGUAAAUCUGAUACACCAGUGAAGUUUCGGAGAGGAAUGGUCAGUACUUUUGAACUGGGAGCUGUUUCUCUUGGAAAGCUGCAGAAGGUGCUGUUGCGCUGUGAGGCUAAUGCGAAGUCGCAGUGUUGGUUCUGUGAUAAAGUCAUUGUCCGGGAAGAYGAGAAGAAUUUGGAAUAUGUUUUCUGUUGUGAAAGAUGGCUUCCAUUUAUGUCUGAAGGUGUAAUUCAUUCAGAAAUUGAGCUGUACCCUCAAGAAGGAAACUGGAAGAUUACUGUGGUCACCGGAGAUUUUGAAGCAGCUGGAACAACAGCAACAGUGUCCCUUUAUGCUUAUGGAGAAAACAAAGCUUCUGGUCCUAUUAUUUUGGGGUCUGGGAAACACCAGCUGUUUAAUCCCAACAGUGCUGAUACUUUUAAGAUUAAUCUCAGGGGUCUUGGGCAGCUAUAUAAAAUUCGCAUUGGCCAUGACAACACUGGAGAUGAUCCUGGAUGGUACCUGGAGGAAGUGAGACUUCAAAGAGUGGUUCCUCUUUCUGAUCAGGAAAUUUGUCUCCCCGUGGAGAGUUGGCUUGCCGAAGACAAGGAUGAUGGGGACACGUGGAGAGAAGUGGCAAUUAAAAAUCCCACAAAGGAGCUUUUGCCAUUGUUGGUGUAUGAGGUCCACGUAUACACAGGAUCUAAACUUGGUGCUGAAACAGAUUCGAAUGUUUACAUCAAUCUUWUUGGAACAAGAGGAGAUGCUGGCAAGAGGAAGCUCCAUAGAUCAAAGAAUAAUAAUGUAAAAUUUCAACGUGGACAGAUGGAUAUUUUCUGCAUAAAGGCUGUCUCACUGGGAGACUUGGAGAAAGUUCUGAUUAGCCAUGAUGGAACUGGUCCAGGCAAUGGAUGGUUCCUGGAUAAGAUCAUCAUCAAACAUGGAGAAGGAAAGGAAGCUCAAGAAGUUGCAUUUCCUUGUAAUAGAUGGUUAGAUGAAUACCAAGAUGAUGGGAGAACACAACGAGAGCUAACUGCUGAAAAAUAUAGCAAUUCAAAGAAGACGUGCUCCAAAGCGCAACAGUGGAGGGUGCAGGUCAAAACAGAUGGAGAUUCCCCAGAGCCACAGGAGUGUAAAAGAACCCUUGUGAUUUACGGCUCGAAGGGCAAAAGUGAUCACCUUCUGCUUUCUCCACAAAACCCAGGAUAUGUGUGCUUUCGGCCCAGAGCAACAGAUGAAUUCAUUGUUGAAACUGGAGAUUUGGGAGAUGUAUACAAGAUUCGGAUCAGCUGUGAUGAUAUGCCAGGCUUUGAGGGUUGGCAUUUGAAGUCUUUUCACAUAGAAGAGCUACAUAGAAAACAAGAAUUGAACUUUGACUGUAGCUGCUGGCUCUCUUGUUGUAGAGAAGACAGGGAGCUGGUGAAAGAAUUCCCUGCAGUGGGUGAGGACGGGAAAACUUUACCAGUCUAUAAGUAUGUUGUCUCUGUACACAUUGGCGACCGCUGGGGAGCAGAAACCUUUGCAAAUGUUUGGAUCACUCUCUAUGGCAAAAGAGGGGACACAGGUGUGAGGAAACUUCAUACAUCUUUAGCAAAAGGAAGAAAAUUUCAAAGGAACAAGGUAGACUCAUUUUUGGUGGAAGCUGUUUCUCUGGGUCACUUGCAAAAAGUGGUCAUCCAACAUGAUGGAGAAGGAUAUGGGGCUGGGAUGUACCUAAAGAUGAUAACGGUCAGGGAGUCUCAGGACUCAGACAAAGAAUGGGUUUUCCCAUGUUGUGACUGGAUUGAUACCCAUCUGGGAUUAUGUGAUACUACUUGUGAGAUUUUGACCAUUGGUAAAAGAUUGAUUUCCAGUCCAAAACUGCCCAAAAUCAACAUGCAGUUAUCAGGUCUCUGGAUAAUGGACAUCACUGGAUCUGACUUGAACAAUGAAGGAGAUCCGAUACAUCUCUCUCUCAUCUUCUAUGGGGACCUGAAUCACAAAGAAUUGCCACUUCAAAUUACUGGAAAAGCAGUUCAAAUCAAAGAUGAGCUGACAGACAUUGGCUCAGUCUACAAAGUUCAGGUAACUGGCCCGCAUAGCAAAUUAAAACAGCCAUGGCACUUAGAUUUACUGCAUAUGAAGCACACAGGCACGAAUGAAGAGAUGUAUUUAGCCUUUGAUUGCUGGUUCAACCCUAAUGAAGACAAAUGUGUGGAACUGCCAGCUCUCUAUGCAGAUCAGGAGCCMUUGCCUGUUGUGGAAUAUUCAAUCCAUUUGCACACGGGAGACUUGAAGAAAGCAGAURCCAUUGGUGAAGCCUAUAUAUGUAUUCAAGGAGAAAGAAGCGACUCAGGAAAGCGAUGGCUUAACUCAAGAAACAGUCUGAUCACUUUUGCUAGAGGGCAGGUGGAUACGUUCAAAAUCAAAGCUGUAUACCUUGGCAAGUUGAACCAAGUUCUUGUUGGGUUUAAGAGUCCAAAAAAAGACGAGUGGUUCUUGGAAAAAAUUGUUAUUAAAGAAGUCAUUUAUCCUUUCUCCACAUACAUCUUUGUUCACAAUAACUGGAUCAACAAACGCUCUAAGAAAGAUUUUGUAGAAGUGAUAAUUCCACUCAAAGAAACAUCUGAGAUAUCUCCUCUCACAAAAGAAUUUGAUAUGAACAGCCAAGGACGAUGGCAAAUGUGGCUGGACUGUGUUCAUGUACCAGAAGAUGCUCCCGAUAUUCAAGUUAUUAUAUUUGGAGAAAAGGGGAAAUCCUCUGCACAGAAAGUUCAGAAUCUGAACAACAAUCCAUUUUUGUUGUCCGUUGGUGAUAUUGGAGACAUAACAAAAGUUUCCUUCUUGUUAUCUUGUCCAUGUUUGGGAAGAGGAAUUAAACUUCAGAAGCUUCGUCUGAAAGACCUGGACACUAAAGAAGACUUGGGCUUUUGCACUGAAGCCCAGUAUCUAUUUGGAGAAGAUGGGUCAGAGACUGUGACAGAGCUAGCAGCAAUCAGACCAGAUAAGACACCACUUGGGGAAGUGCUUUAUUCAAUCAAUGUUCAUACGGGAACAUUACCUGCAUCAGGGACUGAUGCAGAGGUUUUCAUCACAGUUUUUGGAGAAAAAGGUGAUUCCUGCAGAAGGAGAAUAAAGCACUCAAAUCUUAAAAGAGGACAGGUUAGUAGGUCUGAAYUGAGAGCAAUAGACCUUGGACUCUUAAGCCAAGUGCUUGUUGAGCACAGUAAUGUGGGUUAUGGAGCUGGAUGGUAUCUGGACAAAGUUAUCAUCCAUGAAUCAGGCAAGACUGAUGACCAAUAUGUGUUCUUAUGUCAGCAAUGGUUAGACAGCGGAGUUGGUGAUAAACAGAUGGAACGAAUGCUGAGACUUCUUGGAAAAGUCAGAAAUGAGAUGCUGACAGGGAAUAUUCRUGGAACUUGGGAUGUCUUUGUCACAACUACUGAUGUUUCUUGCAUUAGUCCUACAAUGUCUCUAACUGUAUGUGGUGAAAAAGGUACCUGUAAUUCAGUCACAUUUCCCAAAGGAUCUCUUAAAAAAAAACAGAUUUACAAGACUUCAAUUGAAUUAAGUAAGAAAUUCAGUACUAUACACAAAGUUCGCCUAGAAAUUGAAGAAUCUGGAGAAGGAGGGACUUGGCAUUGCCGUGAGGUAAAGCUUCAACACAGAGAAAGUAAAAAUAUUCUAGAAUUUCCUUUCUCUCGCAACUUUGCAGAUGGUGAAGGAUUAACAGUGGCAGAACUUCCAGUCCUCACAGCUGGUUUGCCUUUUCCAGCAGUGAAAAACUAUGUCCUCUACAUCAUUACGGGAACAUCCGCUGGGGCAGGAACAGAUGCAGAUGUAUUUGUCAUGUUGCAAGGUCUUUGGGGAGAUACAGGCAAAAGAAAAUUAGUAAGAAAAGGAGAUGAUCAUUUCACUAAAGGAAAGGUAGAUGUUUUCCAAGUGGAAGCGGUAGAUGUUGGGCCUCUGCAAGAAAUGGUUGUUGAAAAAGGGAAAGGCUCUGACUGGCUUCUGGAGAAGAUCAUUGUGAAAGAGUCAGCAACUUCAGGGACAGAAACACUUUUUGUGGCUCAAACAUGGCUAAAAGACAAACAUGAUGGAAAAAGACCUGUUUCAGUAAUUCUAAAUGCCACAGAAAUUCAGGAGAGGAGGAGCACUGCUGUCUGGCCUUUAGGAAAAGAACAAAUGAGAUCAGAAGGCAGAUGGAGGAUUUAUUUCACAAAACAUGAAGAAGAAACAAAAAAAGACUUUGAAAAGUUGACAGAAAAUAUUUCCAAGUUGGUUAUGAUUUUUUAUGGAAGCAACGGCAAGUCAGAUCUUGUUUCCAUGGGAAACAAAGUGGAACAUCAAGCUAAAAACCAAGUGGCAUAUGAUAUACAUUUACCAACGGAUCUGGGAAUGCUUUAUAAAGUCAGACUUGGACUUCAGUGUUUGGAAAACAGCAUGUCCCAGUUGUCUUUUCAUCACUUUAAAAUGCAGAACACAUCAACCCUGGAUACCUUCAGUCUCACUAUAAAUAAAACUCUUCCUCUUUCUCUUAAUGGAGACAGAUGGAUCGAAUUCCCUGUAGAAUGGCCAUUAAAAGCAGCACUUUCUGUGGCUACAUAUCAUAUAACAGUGUUUUCUAGAAAUAUUCUGGCCAAGAGAAAUGUAGUGYAUAUGACUGCAUGUGUAUAUGGAGCUCAUGGAGACACAGGGGACAGAUCCCUUCUCUGUUCAUUGGAAAAUGUCCRUCAGGAAGAGGACAGUGAGUCAUUUGUAGUUGUCAUGGAUGCUGUUGAACUGGGAGAACUGGAUAAAGUUGUUCUUUUAAUCAGCAGUAAAGCAGACUGCAAACUGCAUGUUAAAAAACUGCAUUUAAAGGAAGCUCUAAAGGAUGAUCCUAUUUAUGUAUUUGAAGUGAAUGAAACAUUUUCUGUGGAUGCAAAUAACCCUGAAAUACAGAAAGAAAUACCAGUAUCUUUUGUUAUUAAAGGAGACAAAAGGAAGAAUGRCAGUGAUAACAACUCACACACAGAAGGAAGUCAACCAGGAAAUCUAACAGACUAUACUAUUAAAGUGUAUACAGGCGACAAAAGGGGAGCAGGAACUGAUGCCAAUGUGCAUAUUAUUUUAUUUGGGAAUGAAGACAAAUCUGAGAUAUUUCAGCUCUCUCAACCACUGGAGCAUCAAGAUCCCUUUGAAAGAGGAAGGGUUGAUACAUUCAAGAUUAUGACAAAAAAAUUAGGAAGCCUUCAUUCAAUUGAAAUUGGUCAUGAUGGGAAAGGAUUUGCAAGUGGCUGGUUUCUGGAAAAAGUAGAAAUCAUAGAUGCAUCUAAUUCAGUGUAUUACUUUAACUGUAACAGGUGGCUGGCUGAAGAUGAAGGUGACGGCCGCACUGCAGUGAAGCUUUAUCCAUAG